AUGGUGGGAUACACAGGUGAUGGUGUGUCGCAGUGCACAGAUGUGAACGAGUGUCUUGUUGAUAACGGUGGCUGCAGCAACAGAGCAAAAUAUGUCAACAGUAAGGGGUCUUUUUCUUGCGUUUGCCCCUCAGGCUUUCAGCUAGUCAAUCGUACCACCUGCCAGGACAUAGAUGAAUGCCAGCUUCCUGAUAAGGCAUGUAGUAUCAAUGAGCAGUGCUCAAACAUGGAAGGGUCAUAUUCAUGCCAGUGUAAAGCAGGCUUCAGUCAAAUCACUGACGAUUUAGACUGCUCUGAUAUUGAUGAAUGUGAACAGCAGAAACCUUGCCACCAGAAUGCCACAUGCUUGAAUUUAGCAGGCUCCUUCUCAUGUACCUGCAAUCAUGGCUUCUCAGGAAAUGGCAUUACAUGUGAGGAUAUAAAUGAAUGUGCAAUUGAGGGGAUGUGCCAUCUACAUGCCAACUGCUACAAUUAUCCUGGUGACUUCUUGUGCAUUUGCCAUCAGGGCUUUACAGGAGAUGGUUCCACCUGUACAGACGUGGAUGAAUGUGUCCUUUCAAAUAAUACUUGCCCAGACAUCUCUGUGUGCAUCAAUUCCCCUGGAGCAUAUGUCUGUUCUUGUCUGAAUGGCACAGUAGCAUACAACAACACUUUUGUCCUCCCUAGUCAUGAAUGUGAUCCUGCCUGCCAUCCACAUGGACUGUGUCAUCCUUCACCUUCAGAGUAUCAGUGUGUGUGUGAUGUGGGAUUCAAAGGGGAUGGACUCACUUGCUCAGACAUCGAUGAAUGUGAAGAGAAUGUGUGCCCGAAGAAAGAGACGCAAUGUGUCAAUAACCCAGGAUCCUUUGAUUGCAUUUGCAAAGUGGGUUACACUCUUAAGGGAACAGAAUGCAUAGAUCUGGAUGAAUGUGAAUCUGGAGUCAAUAACUGCAGCAAGUUUGCACAGUGUGUAAACACAAUUGGCAGUCAUCUGUGUUCCUGUCUCAACGGCUUCAUUGGUGAUGGAAAAAACUGCUCUGUGUCUGUGUCAACACUGAAGGUUCAUUUCUGUGCCUUUGUGAUCAUGGAUUCUCCUCUAAUGGAAUACCGUCUCCUUAAUAUAUAUGACAUCUAUGCUGAGGCAAUAUUUCAAAAAACAGCACACGAUGUUAGCAAAUUUGAGACUCAAAGGGGCAAACCCCCCUUUUCCCCCACCUGGAUUGUGAAAAUCACAUGGGAUCACGUUCUGCCCGUGUCCUAUCAAAAGAUCAACUUCUCUGAGUUGAGUACCAACACCUUCCAGUGCAUUCUGACCACAGAUGGACUACGUUCAUUUUCUCUGCUCUGCUACAGUGACAUGAACUGGAGUCCAGGACAGAGGACUAAUCAUAACGCUCUUAUAGGCUACACUGAUGGUAAGAGCAACUUUCACAAUGAGAUUCCAAAGCCACCGGACAACCUGUUCAGGCCAGGAGGGCGUUAUCGUCCCCAGACUGUCAUGGGUAACACAGGCAAACUGGGGCAGCUGGUGUAUGACCUUACUGGCUCCCCUGAAACCAGCUCAGAUCCUCAGAGGCAAUGCCAGAUAUGGGCCUUCAAUGAGCCAGAUCCUAAAGAAUGGGCAUUAGGACUGGCACCUUGUCCUUGCACUCGUGUUCAAGCACAGGAGGACCUGGCUUUUAGCCUUGAGAAUCCACCAUCAGAACAGAUGGCACAAGUGAGGGAUCUGAGAGCUCUUAGGUGGGGUGGCAGCAGGAGCCGUGUCUUUCAGUCUAUCCUGUUUAACAAACAAAGGGUAGGAAAGAGAUGUGUGUAUGAUCCAGAGGGCCCCCUAGUGGCUGGAUACAGUGAAUGGUUCUUCACUGAGGACAAGAUGCAACUGCAUAUAGACAAGGAUCUUUUACCCUUCCAGUGGUGCUGUGUUCAGUCCCCUCUGUGUAACAUGUACUUGGCAAAAAGACCACUAGACCGGUGCCAGGGUUACAGUUGGAAUAGCUCUGACAGCAGUAUACCUGGGAACAGGGGAGCACCAGGCAUUGGCAUGGUAUAUGGCAGUCUCCACUUUAUUACCUUUGACGGGAGUGAGUAUACCUUCAAAGGCUUGGGGGAGUAUGUUAUAGUCCGUCUCUCCUCCAGCACAGGAUCAAACAUCUUCACCCUGCAGGGACAAACAGCAGUUCUAGUGGUCAACAGGCAGCCCAAACUGGUGCCUGCUCUAGUACGAUUAGCCGCCUUCUAUCAGGGUGCUGGAAAGGUGGAGUGGCAAUGUGCUGAAUCUGGUGAUGGACUUAAGGUCUUGGUUAAUGAUGAGGUCAUUCCUGUGUCUGUUGGAGUGGUGCACGUAAAUGAGCAGGGUUUUGCGGUGCGCUGUACCUCUAUGAGCCGCUGUGCAGUGGUGUACGGCGAGGGCCUGUAUGUGAUCGUGUGGAGAGGUGAUGCUGGGAGGCGGAGCGCUCUGGUGGAGGUCCCGCAGAGGUUCUACAACCGUACACUGGGUUUGCUGGGACUCUGGAGCUCCAACAGGACCGAUGACUUCCUGCUUUCCAAUGGCCGUAUGGUGCCUUCUCUAAACAACAACGUCCCCUCUGAACAGAGUCUGCUUCCCUUUGGACAGUCAUGGGCUGUUCCUGUUCCUGAGAGUCUUCUGUUGUCAGAGCCUCCUAGUGCUCCAUUCAGUCCUGUCAUGACAGAGCAACUGAUGUCCUCAGUGAGCCCAGACUUGCUGGCCAGACACAGUCAGACCUGCCAGGGCAACAUGCAGUGUGUGCAUGACAUCCUGGCCACAGGAAACACAAACCUCGGCCAGGAUGUUCAGAAAGACCAGCAGCAACUUCAGACCCGAGCACAAAUUUACGGAAACCUGCCUCCCAUUGUGCCAUUUGUUAUCAUGUGUAAAGUCAAUAGUACCGUUAGAGUUCAGUUCAAGGCUCAGGAUCCAAACAGAAACCAAAUCACCUUCUCCCUGGGCUUACCACGCUCUCCACGGGUCACCAUCGGCAGCAGUGAUGGUAUUCUCAGGUGGAACCCUUCUGGUAUUCAGUCAGUCAAUCUGACAAUUCAAGUGAGCGAUCAAACAUCCAGUUCCGUGAUCACCCCUGUUCUGCAGCUCUGUAACUGUAUGAAUGGAGGAAGCUGCCAGUACAACAGUGUGGUGGAGAACCAUCUGCAGGGAAAGUUUCAGGUUGUGGAAUGUCUUUGUCCACUGGGUUUCAGUGGCAAGUACUGUGAUAACAGAGCAGAUGUUUGUAAAGGAAAACCCUGUUUUCCCGGUGUGGAAUGCAUAAGACAGAAAGAAAGAGACCCCUUCACAUGUGGACCGUGCCCUCCUCCGACUGUAAACCAGGGCAAACAAGGAUACAAAUGCUUUGAAAAUGAUUUCUGUCUCCCUCCGUUCCCCUUCCCCUGUCAUGAGAUGGCAGACUGCAGCAGCACUGGCUACAAUUACACAUGUAAAUGUAAGCGUGGCUACAGUGGCGAUGGAAAAGAGUGCGAAGAUAUUGAUGAGUGUCUGGACCCCUCAGCCUGUCCGAAUGCCAAGUUUGAAUGUGUGAACGUGCCAGGAUCAGUGCGCUGCUCAUGCCGUUAUCAGAAGACCAGAGAUACUGACGACUGUGGUGAAUCUGCUAAUCCCACAGGAUGGAAUGUUUUUAACGUGUCCAUGGGCUGGGGAAAGCAGACGUCAGCACCAGGACUGAGUAAGCUGCAGAAGAUCCUGUCAAUGGGUUUCCAGAACAAGUUCUACAACGCCACUGAUACAGCUCCUGAUUCAGCAUCAGCAGGCGGGCAGAAUGAGUACAGGAUCAAUGUGUCCAGUGACACACCGCACUGGUAUGUCAUGGACUACCUGACCCGAGUCAGUCAGUACUAUGGCAUCCGUUCAGCCUCUGUGGACGACCUUGACGAGUGUAAGACAAAUGAGGCUCCGUGUUCAAAAACAGCCCUGUGUGUCAACACCUACGGGGGCUACAGGUGUGUGUGCAAUGGCACUGAUCUAAAGGAAGAAUCACAGUCAUGCAUAUUAGACUGGAACAGCGUUAACCGCACAGACGUGUCGGGUGCUCAGACUACGGAGGAUAAGAAGUCACUAAUUUUGGGGCUGGUCCUGGGAAUUGGUAUUCCCCUCCUGUUACUGCUGUUGCUGGCGGCCCUCGCCUGCUUCUGCUGCUGCUCACGCAAGAAAACAAUCUCUGGAGAUAUUCCUCAUCUGCUGCCCGAGUACAUUCAGGAGCAGUUCAACCCUCCGUUCAACUUUGACGACCCCUCUCUGCACUACAUCACCCACGUCAGCCCGCGUAUCCUUGACAACCUCACACCUCAACAGAAGCGCCGGUAUCGAUAACACAGGCCCUGUACGGUUCAUGCAGCAUCGGUGCAGAUUAUUCCUCAUCUGCUGCCCGAGUACAUUCAGGAGCAGUUCAACCCUCCGUUCAACUUUGACGAC